AUGUCUGAACGCGUGCAGUACGAUGUCGAACUGUGCGAUGGGAACAGUGUACCCGAGUCAGAACUCCCAGCUGGGGGGAAAGAUUUCAGGGAAUUUGUACCGAUGGUCGAUGCGGUAUUACAGUCCAACGUGGAUUCCCCUGCGGAACAGGUAGAUUUCGAACAAGUGAAGACUCAAUUGGAGGAAGUGUUUGUUUAUAACCUGGACCCUUAUAGGAAGGAGCUGUUUUCCAUCAUUGAGCAGCGUUUACAGUUGCUAAGGGAUAGCGAAAUCGAUGAUACGACAGCGGCAGACUCGUUCAAUGUCCGCCAGGCGUUUCUAGGAAAGGUGACCCGCGAGAACAUCGAGAACAAGAUACAUAAGCCCUCGAAGAAAUCCAGGAAGAUCAAAUCCAGGAGGUCAAGACACAACGAGCUGGGCAAGUUCCUACGAGAUCACCUUGGCGUGGAGCAGAUAGAGAGCGGUAUCGUGGAGGAUCGCGUACGAGAUUACGUUAACAGAAGCAAUUUGAGAAACGCUACGAACAGUGACGAGAUCAUCUGCGAUGCAAGGAUGCAGCCGCUGUUCGGAGAGAGGAUCACAGAAUCAGGUUUGAAUGCCGAGUUGAAGCAAUUCGUCUCACAGAUGAAGCAAAGGCUGGAUCAUCCAGUCGGAGCAAACGCAUCAUUAAUGAGCAUAGAACUCUUUUCAUCGUCGCAAGAGGAUAACCACAUCAUGGACUCUGAGAAUGACACGUCUACACCGAGUUCGGCAGCAUCGGACACGUCCGCGUCAGAAACGGAGGAUCCCGCAUGGCCGACAGCACCAGCCUCUGAAGACCGCGAAGAUACGGUAGUGCUGACGGUUCGCGGUGAUCGCAGCAGCGGAAGCCCACAUUCGGACCUCGAUUCCGCGUCGGAAUCAGAUUGA